GGUCUAUGGACUCCAGGAAGUGAAAAGUAAAGACAUUUUCCACCUUUCCCUGCAGCUGGUAUAAGAAAUGAGAUUACAGGUGUUUGUGUAAUCGCACUGCGGGGGCGACUGCUGAUAGCGCUGUAUCCCCCUCACCAUAUGGGCACUUCCCGGGACGUCAGGCGGUGCUCAGCUGGGUAUAUAGAGCCCGGGGCCCCUGACCAGGCUCUGCUGAGAUGUUGAGGUUACUGGUCGCAGUGCUGCUCGCUGUAGGCGCGUCCCAUGGCUGCGGGGUGCCAACUUACCUGCCUGGAAGUCGCGUUGUAAAUGGAGUUGACGCGGUGGCGCACAGCUGGCCCUGGAUGGCAUCUUUACAGGUCAUUUAUUCUGGCGGGUACCAGCAUAACUGUGGGGCCAGCCUCAUCACAUCGCGCUGGGUCCUGACCGCAGCACAUUGCAUCAGCCGCCGUAGGACCUAUCGCAUCGUUCUGGGGGAACACGACAGGAGUGUGGAGGAGGGGACCGAGCAAUACUUCCCCAUCAGUCAGGAAGACAUCUUUAUCCAUCACAAGUGGGACGAUUAUUGUCCGGAAUGUGGUUAUGAUAUCGCCCUCAUUAAAUUGUCAGGAGACGCAGAACUCAAUGAGAACGUGACGCUCGGCUGCCUGCCCCGCCCCCGAGGACCGCAGCUCUACGCCAACCAGGAGUGUUAUGGCACCGGCUGGGGAACUCUCUACACCAAUGGCCCCCAGGCCUUAAUCUUACAACAAGCCAUGCUGCCCAUCGUGGACCACCCCCAGUGCACCCAGCCGGACUGGUGGGGCGACCUUGUGGACGAGUCUCUCCUCUGCGCCGGAGGAUAUGGACUAGACCUCUGCAAUAGCGACUCUGGGGGACCCCUGAACUGUCAGGACACUGACGGGCGCUGGUACAUCCAGGGAAUCACCAGCUUUGGCACCGCAACGUGUAACACACUGAAGAAACCCACCAUAUUCACCCGCGUGACCCUGUUCAUGGACUGGAUAGAGGAGAUAAUCGCCAAGAACUGAGCAGCUGCGGCGCAUGUCCUGGGGGAGCAGACGACUCCGACCACAGACUGAACCCCAAAACCUCUACCGAGACAAUAAAACACUUGUAAAAAGAUUUUUGUUUUGCUUUUUA